AUGAAGGAUGCCGUGAACAGAAUCUGCGAGUUUUUAAAGAACCAAUGUUUCAUGAAUCAACCCAACAUUAGUGUCAUCAGAGCCGUGAAGGGUGGAUCGUCGGGGAAAGGAACAGCUUUAAGAAAUAGUUCGGAUGCCGAUCUUGUCGUCUUCCUCAGUUGCUUCAAAAGUUUCCAGGACCAGAGAGCCAACAGGCAGGAAAUCCUGGAGGAAAUUCGGAAAAUGCUGGAAAAGUGCUCCAGAAGCCUUGCAUAUGAGAUUCAUGAUAUUCAAAUCACGAUAGGUUCAAGCAAUAACCCACCCAAAUCUAUGAGCUUCAUAUUGCAAUCGAAAAAGAGUUCAGAGAGUGUGGAAUUUGAUGUUCUGCCAACCUAUGAUGCAUUAACACCACAGUGCAAUUUCAGUGUUGCGCAUCUCAAGUUAAUCAAUUUUGUAAAUGAAAAUAAGGUCAUGGAUGGAGAAUUCUCUCCCUGCUUCACUGAACUUCAGAGAGAAUUUGUGAAACGGCAUCCGGCAAAAGUUAAAGACUUGAUUCGUCUGCUGAAAUAUUGGUACAAGGAGUAUGUCAAGCCACGGAAAUCGGAGUUGUGUGGAGCACGGCUCCCUGAAAAAUAUGCGGUGGAGCUAUUGACAGUCUAUGCCUGGGAACAAGGUAAUCAUCAGGAGAGGUUUGAUACUGCCCAAGGGUUCCGCACAGUCCUGGACCUGAUCUGCCGCUAUCAGGAAGUCUGCAUCUACUGGACAAAGUUCUAUGAUGUCAACAAUCCAACCGUGGCCGACUUUUUAAUCAGGAAGCUCCAUGGCAAGGGGCCAUUCAUUCUUGACCCAGCCGAUCCAACUGGAAACGUGGCUUCAUCAGGUGGUUGGAAUGUGAUGCAGGAUGAAGCCAGGAAAUGUCUAAGCAUGCCCUGUGUCAUGAACACCCCAGCUUGGGAUGUCCAGCCAGUGAAGACAUUUAAAAUCACUGUGACCAGCCUGGAUGGUAAAUCGUUACAACAAAAGGCCGACAUUAAUUUCAAGGUCUCUGAGAUCAAACGCAACAUUCAUCAAAAUUGGAAAAUUUCAGUCUCCCAGCAACAACUGGUAUUCAAUGGCACCAUUUUGGAUGAUGGAAAAACCUUGUUGGGUUCCAGGAUCUUCUUUGAUGCAACGAUCCAGCUAAUGCCAAACACAAUGGAAAUAUUUGUCAAAUACAAUGAGCAUGUCACACUCCUGAAUCGAAACUCAGGCAGAACACAAGUGAAUAGAAACCAACGGCGAUUAAAAACAAGCUUCCCUGUUGGGCUCACUUCCACCAGGAAACAAAGCCUGUGCACAGUGAAGAAAAGAAUUAUGGAUUUGUAUCAAACACAAGCCCGCAAUCUGGACACAUUUAUUUACUUACAUCUCCAACCUGAUGAAAAUUUUUUGAGACUAGUGGCUGAGACCAUUGACAAGAUUUGUACCUUCUUAAAGGGACAAUGUCCCUAUAAAAUCAGUAAAACCGUGAAGGGUGGCUCCCUUGGAAAAGGAACAGCUGUAAAAAAUGGCUCUGAUGCGGAUAUGGUUGUCUUUCUCAACUACUUCAAGUGUUUUGAUGACCAAAAGAAAAACCGGGCUGAAAUUUUGAGCAACAUUCGUGAACUGUUGUUGAAAUAUGAGAAAAACAUUGGACAUCAGAUCAAAAUGUCACAGCCCAGAAUAAUUCCUGCUUUGUCUUCUCCUCGCUCGCUGAACCUCCUGUUUAAAUCCACAGAAUCGUCUGAUUUUGUUGAGGUCGAUGUUCUCCCUGCAUUUGAUGCCUUAGGUCCACUGACAUCGACUGGCGUGAAGAAUCAGGUCUAUGAAGGUCUCAUUGCUACCGGAGAACGUGGGGGAGAAUUCUCGACAUGCUUCACCGAACUCCAGAGGGACUUUAUAAAGACACGACCCACUAAACUGAAAAGCCUUAUCCGACUUGUGAAGUAUUGGUAUACUGAGAAAGUCCGUCGCCCCUGCAAAGGCCAACUGAGAACCGGAGAGUAUUUACCACCGAAGUAUGCUCUCGAACUGCUGAUCAUCUAUGCAUGGGAGAGCGCUGAGAAGGGGGUAAAUUUCAACACCGCGGAAGGAUUUCGCACCGUUCUGGAACUGAUUGUCCAGUACAAAGACCUUUGGAUAUUUUGGACCACAAACUACAACUUUGACUCUGACAACAUUGGCAGAUUUCUGAAAAACAAACUUAAAGAACCUAAGCCAAUGAUCCUUGACCCCGCAGAUCCAACAGGUAACGUUGCUGCAGCAGCGAGAUGGGAUCUAGUGGCAGAAGAGGCCAAGAGAUGUUUACAGCAGAACUGUGUGCAAAAUGUCAACUCCUGGAAUGUUAAGCCAGUGAUGACAUUUGAAAUCACUGUGACCAGCCUGGAUGGUAAAUCGUUACUACUAACGGCCAACAUUAAUCUCAAGGUCUCUGAGAUCAAACGUAACAUUGAUCAAAAUUGGACCAUUCCAGUCUCCCAGCAACGCCUGGUAUUCAAUGGCACCAUUUUGGAUGAUGGCAAAACCUUGUUGGAUUCCAGCAUCUUCUUUGAUGCAACGGUCAAGCUACUCAUGCUAAACACAAUGGAUAUAUUUGUCAAUUACAAUGGGCGUAAUCUGACAAUUCAGGUUUCACCAAGCGACAAGGUUUCAAGUUUAAAAAAUGAAAUUGAAUCUCGGACACACGUCCAACCAAGGCAGUACUACUUGACCUUUCAAUCUCAUCAACUUGAAGAUGAACGUACACUGCAAUCUUACGGCAUUAAGAAACUUUCUACCAUCAUGGUCAACCUGCGACUGCGUGGUGGCAACGAACUCCAAUGUUUUAAUGCAGAGAAUCAUAGUUAAACAGUCUGAAAAUCAGUAGCAAUGCGAAAGACUUUAAAUUAAGUUAUCAUUGAGGGGUAAUUAUCUGGGGUGAAUCGGAAUUAACUAUCACUGGCGACAGACAAGCGGCGGACUCUGCUUUUAACAGUCACAUGUUCUGUAUUGUGUUCUUUCUACUGGAACAUUUUCCCACCACCUGUUCAUCCAGGCGAUCUUAUGUGACC